AUGAACUACUGGAUUAUUAUUCCAACACUGGCUUGCACGAUCGUUGUCAUCGUGCGUUCAGCCCCUCAGUGGGGCUAUAUGCCCUACGAAUAUUUCCACGAGUUCUACGAUCAUUAUGGCGAAGAUAUCCGAAACAAUAUCGAUCACAUACAGCAGGUGCACGAAAAGCACCAUGAAAAUCAGCACGUCGCUCACGAGAAAUUCCAGGAACAUUACUACGAUUUCAGAGAAAAGCAUCAAGAAGGAUCAGAGCAUUACCAAGAGUCACUCGAGAGGGCGCAAGAGGACCAGCGGUCUACUACAGGAACUGAGAAGAAACAUAUCAUUUCCCAUAAAGGUAAAAGA